GUGUGGCUUCCUGAUCAUCUUUUCAGAGACCACCGAGAUACAGCUCUUUUGGUUCUACACUAGGGAAAACAUUCAGUGAUUUCCUUUGCUCUAUAGCCAAUGAAAUCAGUGGGAAUUUGCUGUAUUGAGUAAGAAAUCUAGGAAAGAGAUUUCUAAGAAAGGGGGAGGGUUCCCAAUAGUAAGACUUGCAUUGUAUUUAGCCACGAAUACAUGUGUGUAUGUGUGUGUGUGUGUAAGUUAAAAUAGAACCUUGUGGGAGUACUACCGAAAGGUUCUCAGCCUAAAUCAGUUAGAUGAUUUCCAUUGAUGAAAUUCAGUUCUAUACUUGAGUAACUGUCUAAGGCAGUACACAUCAGACUGACAUGCAGCUAAGUUCCUCAGCAACCGUUUGAAGGGAUUUUGAGUAAGAAAUGUUGUAAGGUCAUUAUUAUGAUGGCUUCCAUUAUUAAUCAAGACCUAUUUUCUCCAGUUCAUUUUCUGAAUCUGUUAUUUAUGUCAUGUCUGCCCCCAAGUCAACUUUAAAUCAUCUUUUAUACAUGUGGAACUCUAGAAUUAUGUUAAAUUCCCCAAGGAAGCAGUUAUCUUUAAAAUGAAAAGCGUCAAACUACAAAGGAAAGUGGUUGCAUUAUUUCAGGAUAAAACAUGUUCCCCAAGGCUUUAUCCUCAGACCUUUCACUGCCUGGCUUAGCAGUCUGAGCUACAGUUAGCCCCACAGUCCUCCUGCUGGGAUUUUACAUUAGGGCAAGACAGAGGUGGUUCACCUGUCAUUCAGGAAGGUUUUACAGAGUCAUCAUUGCAGUCAUUUUGAGCUAUUUAAUGUUCAAACUGGAGUAGUUUUUCUUUACAGAACUGUUCUUUCGAAUUUAGAAAAGAAAAUUAUGACAAUUAUAAAGUCCAAUUAUUCAAACCCAGUUUAUCAAUUUCAGGCCUUUGGCAAAUUGGCCUUAGCCUGCAAUCAUGAGAGAUCUAAAAGUCUGCUAUUAAGCCUCAAAACCUCACUGGCUGCAGAACACCUUAAGAGCCUAUUUGACUCUGUAGAAUGUAAGACAGAUUUGGUUUCUGUCCGUAGGCUCUGUGUGACCUAAGACAACAGCACUUAGGCCAACACAUAGCAAACUGAUAUGUUGAGUCUGGUUGCUGUGAUCAUAAGCAUUUUGAAAUGUUUUAAAUUACCUCCAUAUGGAUCCAUGGAGGUAAGUAGUUCACUGUUAACACAGCUCACACGUCUGUAUCAUUCUGCUAGUCCUAGCCAACUACCACACUCCUUUUCUUGAGUGACAUUUAGAAACACAUCUCUAAUAAACAAUAUACAGUGGGCAGUUGGAACCAAAAUUGUUCAGACUUAAGGAAUUCUUAUUGAAAAAUUGCCUUACUUGCUUAUUCUAGUGAGAAGAGGUUCCAGUCUUUGUGUCAGAGUAGCAUGUUAGUGAUGGUAUCUAAAUGAAAGUGAUUUAGUUACUGAGAAGUCCCUCUUCCCUGUCAUAAGGACUGAGCAGAGACGGCCUGGGAAGCCAGUGCUUCUUAGUUGAGCCUGAUGCUAUUACUGUUUACUUGAAACCCUUGCGAGUGUAGUUAUUUCAGAGAACACUAGGCAGUGACUGAUGCAGUUAUCAUCCUACCAGCCAUGUUGCUGGUAUCAGCUUCAGAAAGAUAAAAUACCAUGUUUUUAAAGCAUCUUAUAGCUUAGCUAAUGUAACGGGUUUUAUAAUGUAUUGUAUAUAGGAGUUUCAUUCUCUAUCAGAUAGAAUAUUUUUGAAGCUGAAAUAGAGGUGGCAUGUGCCAAACCUGGCUUAAAGGCCCUUUAUUCAUUUAGUGAGUCACUGAAACCUAUAUGUAUUGAAUGAUGAUGACAUGCAAAGAGCGAUUAACAGGUAGAUAGAAUAGAACUGAUUCUGAUGGAUUAUAAACAGGGUAAAGACAGGAAAAAUUUCAGAGGCAGGGGUGGAUCUCUUGAGUUUAAGACAACCCUGGUCUAUAGAGUGGAGUUACAGUCAAGGCUACACAGAGAAACUCUGUCUGGAAAAAAAAAAAACAGAAAAAGGAAAUUUUUUUUUUCAUUACAUUCAUGUGUGUUUAUGUGUGUAUGAAUGUGCCAUGGCACACAUGUAGGUCAGAGGACAUCCUGAGAAUCAGUUCUUUCAUUCCACCUUGUGGGAUGCUGGGAUUGAACUCAGGCCAUCAGGAUUGGGAUCAACCUCUACUUACUGAGCCAUCUCACCAGCCUGAAAUUAGAUUAUCUGAUUUAAAUGUUUCCUUUUACAGAGACCCCAGAUGCAUAGACUGGCUCCCAGGCACUCUGCCUCAGCUUUCUGUAUUUAUCAGCUAAUUUCUCUGAAAGUUUCACCUAGUCCAAGACAUGGAUUUUCCUCAAACCCUUUAUAGGCCUGCCAGCUUCCUCAGGGGAAUGUACCAUGGCUGGAUUUUAAUCCGUUAGAAUGGUGGCUUCAGCUGUGAAAGUUUUAGCUAAGAUUUUAAUGACCAGGUUUAAGUAAAUGUAAUAGGUGGACCAGCAGGUGUUCUAAUUACAGUCGCCAUUAAAAGGCUUUUUGUGAGAGUUUAAAAGUUACUAUUAAAACUAUGUUCUGUGCUGCGCCAUGCCUGCACCACGUCAUCCACCAGCGGGGAAGACUUCAGUGUCCUGGGAAAAGAUUCGUAUAAAAAGGAAACGAGGAGAAGAGAAGCAUUGCAGCACUCAAGCCACUGUCCAAGCCACUCAAGCUUGCUGUCCCUUUGGCUCUCAUAUCCAAACAGAAUGAAGAUGAUCCCCAAACUCACGGCUGCUCUUCUUCUGCUGACUCUGUGUUUGGAAGGCUGCUCCAACCAGCACUGGUCCUAUGGAUUACGCCCGGGAGGAAAGAGAAAUGCUGAACACUUGGUUGAUUCUUUCCAGGAGAUGGGCAAAGAAGUGGAUCAAAUGGCAGAACCCCAGCACUUUGAAUGCACUGUCCACUGGCCCCGUUCACCCCUCAGAGACCUGCGAGGAGCUCUGGACAGUCUGAUUGAAGAGGAAACCAGGCAGAAGAAGAUGUAAAUGCAUUGGUCCAGAAGGAUCCACUACACUCCAGUUUAACACUGACACUGAGAUUUGUGACCUGUUACAGACCUAUAAUUGUGUGGACCUCAGCAUUUUUAUACCCAGCAGUGUGGAUUUCAUAAUAAAAUAAUGUGUUGUGGAUGAAGUCC